UCUUUCUCAAGUCCACUCAUUCUCCGUAGCUUUUGUCAUGGCCAGACAGCACGUGGUUCAUCUUUGUUGAAAAAACAAGGCAAUUUAUAUAUAUUUAAACCUUCAAAUUCAUUCGUAGGGUUAAAGAGCAUUGACCCACUCGGAUCAUCAUCAUCAUCAUCAUUCACCAAAAUAUAAAUGGCAUGCUGCUGAUGGGUGUACUUGGAUUUUAUUCAGCCAUUUCAAUGUCAUGAAACAAGGAAUUCAGAAAUUUUCCAUCAACUUUCAAUGGGAAAGAAAAGGUGCUGGUUUAGUUGGGUGAAGAAGAUAUUCGCUUCUGAUGCAAAACCAAAACCGGAAAAGAAAUCAAGGAGGUGGAAAUGGAUUUUUAGAAGACUGAAACUAAAGCAACACCACCUUGCACUUCCUGCACCUCAAAAAUCAUUGUGUGAAGCAAGGGAAGAGCAAAGAAAUCAUGCUUUAAACGUAGCCAUUGCAACAGCUGCCGCAGCGGAGGCUGCAAUUGCUGCCGCCCAAGCAGCGGCUGAGGUUGUGCGUCUCACAGUUGCCUCUAACCCUUCUCAUCAUUUCACUACAAUCGACAGAAACUUGGCUGCUCUUAAAAUCCAAACUGCUUAUCGGGCACACCUGGCAAGGAAAGCACUCAGGGCAUUGAAGGGAGUAGUGAAACUCCAAGCUAUUGUUCGAGGCCGAGCUGUGAGGCGUCAGGCAUUGAUUAACCGGAAGUGGUUACAGUCUGGUACAAAUAUGUACCCAAAGGUGAAGGAGAAGAGUACUUCUCCAACUAAAGUAAUCUGUCAAGACAGCAGGAGAAAACAGAGUCUCAUGAACAAAGAUGAAUUGCAGGACAAAGACAUUAAAGGGCAGUAUGCAUGCAAUAGUGAAAAGAGUUGGAAUGACAGUGUACUUUCUAAACAAGACAUUGAAGUCAAUUUUUUAAGAAGCCAGGAGGCAAUGGCCAAAAGAGAGCGUAUGAAGAAAUACUCCUACUCCCAUCGGGAGAGGCUAAAUACUCGUAUGCUUGAUGAAUUGGUGCACGUCAAAGAAGCUAAAGCUGAGGCAAAUGAAAGGGAAAGAGUGAUGACUUCGAAACUGGAUGUGCCUUCAAAUUUGAGUACAUGGGAAGUAAAUGGUCCACCUCAUGUUAGACAUAGAAAAUUGAAAAAGCAGCAAGAUACACUAAAUGGAAUGAAUCCGCUCUUUUCAUUUCCAAGAAGAUCAUUUAGUCGUACGCAGCAGAGUGUAGCCGGAGAUGAAGGUUCCAUCCCCAAUUCGCCAGUUUUUCCUAGUUAUAUGGGAGCAACAGAAUGUGCAAAAGCAAAGGCAAGGUCAAGGAGCACGCCAAGGCAACGGGUAGGAUUUUGGGAUAGUUGCUUUGAUAAUAGUGGGGCAUACAAGGGUGGACUUUCUUUGUGGUCCACUUAUGAGCGUGCGCCAUUCAGCAUCGAUGAGAGUUGUUGUCUUCCUAUGAAUCCACACAUUGGUUAUAUGACGUAACAUUUGUAAAAUGAAAAUCAGGAUGCUGGUCUCAAUAGGUGCAAUGCGUCUUUACCAGUUAUAAAAUGGCAUAAAUUCGAGAAUUACAACAGCCUCAUAUUAGAAGGAAGGUUUUUCUGUAUUUGACAAGGUAUAUAUAAUUUGUUUGUUUGCUCUAUUUUUAUUUUUUGUGGAAAAUGGGUUGUUUUGGAA